AUGAAAAAGAAAGAACAAGAGUUGAGCGGCGCCUCCUUCUUCUUGGACGAUCUCCUAGGGCUUCUCUCCUCGGCUCUCUUCUCUGGACUCUCUUCUCACAAACACACACGCUCAUCUCUUCUUCAGCGGCUAAAAACAUGUAUAUAUGGGCGAAGUCGCGUAGGGUUUUCUUCAUGCCGGAAAAGGAAAGUUUCCCAUGAGCCGAGCCUUCUUCUCCACGUCGUGUAUGGGCCGACAUUGUACCAAGGAAAGCUCCAAACAUUAGCCAGGCCUCUUCUCUAUUCGAUCAAGGCCUUUGGCGCUGCUGCUCGGGCCAUUAGACACUCCAAAUCCUCCAUGGGCUUCGUUUGCUCGCUUACCGGACAUGUCUCGGUAGAAAAUAAGUGGCCUCAUAGUUGA